CACUCAUAUAAAGUGCUGCAAAAGCCAGCAAGGCUUCUAUAUAAAGCCGACGAGGCCACACCCACUCCAGCCAGGUCCAUCCAAGCUAGCUCUCUCCCAGUCCCCACACACUUGUCACCUUCCUCCCCGCGCGCAGGCCGCAGCAAAACGAUAAGCCCGUGACACGCGCUAGCUCAGCCGCCCGCUUCCCAUCAGGAGAGGAAGGAUGCAGCAGCCCAUGGUGGCCACGGCGAGGAGGCUUCUACAGGCGCCGCCGGCGGGCACCCCGGGCGGGCCCAUCGCCGACAGGGACAUCAUCAUCAUCCUCGCCUCGCUCCUCUGCGCGCUCAUCUGCGUCCUCAGCAUCGGCCUCGUCGCGCGCUGCUCGUGCUCUCGCCGCGUCGGCCUCGGCGCGAGCCCGGCCGCCAACAGGGGCGUCAAGAAGGAGGUGCUCCGCGCGAUCCCCACCGUGCCGUACGCCGCCGCUGCCGGCAGCAAAUCGGCGGCCGCGGGGGAGGAGGAAGGCGCGGCGGCGGCGCCGGAGUGCGCCAUCUGCCUCGCGGAGUUCGAGGACGGCGAGGCCAUCCGCGUGCUGCCGCAGUGCGGGCACUGGUUCCACGCCGCCUGCAUCGACAAGUGGCUCCGCGGCCACUCGUCCUGCCCUUCCUGCCGCCGGAUCCUGGCCGUCAAGCUGCCGGCAGGGGAGUGGUGCCGCCGCUGCGGCGCGCGGCCCGAUCCGGCCGGAGGAAGCUGGAAGCAACCUGCCGCUCACUACAGCGAGAUGCCGCCCUUCCUGCCGUAGGAGAGCAGGUAGCGCUUCUCUGCAGAGCCGCGAGAUAGAGGUAGAAGAUAACCGGACCAGAGGAACCGGCGAAUGGAUAAGCCUGCCUGUUCGGUCAAAUUUCUCGGCUGCUUCUCUUACCCUUCCUUGUUUAUAUCGUUAGCUCUUGAUAUUAGUGCCUAGUUGCUAGUGUAUAUAGCAUUUGGGGGUUUAGGAUCCUAGUUAAUUUGCAAGUGGGUGAUAAAGGUGUUCCCUGCCGCUGCAUCUUAAUUCUUAGCCUUGUAGCUCAAUUUGUAAAUAGCAAGAAUAAAAUAUGUAAUCAGCUUCGAUUAGGAUGAUUUUGGAAUUUGUGAAUAGGUCAUUCCACAGUUGUGGUUGACAAUUUGAGAUUGCAAAUGUUCCGAUCUUGAGUGAUUGCAUGAUUGCCCUAAUCAGAUAUCUAUAUGAGCUUGAUGAUUAGGAUCAUGAGUGGAUUUGCA